GAGUUUAUAAGAGAGAUACAAAAAGCAAAGCAAAGCAAAGCAAACCCAAAGCCCGAAUGGUAUAGACUUUGAGUUUGAUGCUGAUUCAAUUACAGCUCUUAUUAUCAAAAGUCAAGUCAAUAAUCAAACCCACACACACACACACACACUGAAACGGAUCUCAAAUCCAAAAUCCAAAACCAAACAUGGCGGAGCACUUGGCGUCGAUAUUCGGAACUGAGAAAGACAGGGUGAACUGCCCUUUCUAUUUCAAGAUCGGAGCGUGCAGGCACGGCGACCGGUGCUCGAGGCUCCACACGAAGCCCACAAUCAGCCCAACGCUCCUUCUCUCCAACAUGUACCAGCGCCCUGACAUGCUCACCCCAGCCCCGGCUCUUAACCCCCAAACUCAGCCCAAUCUCGACCCUCGCCACAUCCAAGACCACUUCGAAGACUUCUACCAAGACCUCUUCGACGAGCUCAGCAAGUACGGCCACCUCGAGAGCCUCAACAUCUGCGAUAACUUGGCUGAUCACAUGGUUGGGAAUGUGUAUGUUCAGUUUCGUGAGGAGGAGCACGCGGCAAAUGCGCUGAGGAAUCUCAAUGGAAGGUUCUACUCAGGGCGUCCUAUCAUCGUUGACUUCUCGCCAGUCACUGAUUUUCGUGAAGCUACAUGUAGACAGUAUGAGGAAAAUGUGUGUAAUCGUGGUGGCUACUGCAACUUCAUGCAUCUGAAAAAGAUUAGCAAGGAGUUGAGGAGGAAAUUAUUUGGGAGAAACAGAAGAAGGCGUAGUCGCAGUCGAAGCAGGAGCCGCAGUCCUGUUAGGAACCGUGGUUAUGAAGAGCAUUCACGUGGUGGCCGUGGUUUUGGUAGAGGUGGUGGUGGUGGUCGUGGAUUUGGUAGAAGAGAUGAUGACAGAGAUUUCCGUUCCUUCCAUGAUAGGGGCAGGAGGCCAAGAAGCCGCAGUCCUGGACGUAGAGGGGAACGAAGCAGAAGCCCUGGAGGAAGGAGGAAUAGGAGUCCUGUCAGGGAAAGUAGUGCUGAAAGAAGGGCUAAGAUUGAGCAAUGGAAUAGGGAAAGGGAACAGACAGAAUCUGGUGUUCCGAACCAUGAGGAUAACAUUGACAAUGACAGCAAUGGCUUUGAACAGAAUGAUCAGUAUAAUGAGCCUGAGCAACAUCAGCAGCAUGAUAGAUACGAUGAUUAGCCCCAUCAGACUUGUCUGGUGGAGUACAGGUUCCCUGUCAUGUGUUAUUGAAAGUAAAAUUCUUUUAAAAAAUUUCUCCCCUUCUAAAAUGAAAAGCAAAAAGAAUUGAUUUAUAGGUAGCUGAACAUGAAAUUACAAAUUGAUUGCUGCUAUGCCUGUAUUGUAACGCUUUAAAUUUCACUUCCAAGUUAAUUCAGGUAAUUGCGUAGAUUUUUUUUAGUAGAUAUUUUUUUAAGUAACAUUUACUUUUCAUUGUUCUUCAGUUGAUGAUCACUUUUAUGCAUGUUUAUGUAAUUACAAAGUGAUUUUCCCUCAGGUCUCUAAUUUUUUUUUUCCUUUGAAAAAUAAUUAGCUUCCCAUUAUUAGUUAUUUAAGUCAAGGGAAUUCAUGUGUCAAAAUGGAGCAUAUAUAAAUUGAAAUAGUUUCUGGAUUUGGAGCCAAGUGGAAAGCACCUUCAAAAUACGAUAUUUUUUUUCUUUCCUCGAUUAUAAGCCACUUCAUACAGGAUGUGUCAUAAGGAAAUUUCGUUUUAUUUUUUUAACAUAUUAAACUCUUCAAACAAAAAUUUUCAGCUGUUCAGCAUGAAGUUCAUAUUUUUCUACUUCAUAGUACAAAAUUAAUUUGUCCAUAUCCCAACUGAAAAACAAAAGGGGAUUGAGGUAUUGUUUUUUUUCCACUCAAUUUUCCUGUGAAAGUUGUGAUCUCACCUACUGUACAAGUUUUGCAGGUUCAGGUGUUCCUGCUUCCCAGGAUAGAGCCUCAAUUUUCAGCUUACAAUGAUAUUUGUAUACAGGUUUGGCUGUCAUUGUCUGUGGAGCAUUGUGUGCAGGACCUGAUGUGAGUGUUGUGAAAGCAUUGCUGAAAUCUCCUCGAGCUUCUUACAGGAGAAAACUGCUGAAAAAUAUUGUCAAGAUUUCUAUUUUAGAGAACAGAUUUAAGCUAUAUAGGACCUUAGAAACAGUAGUGAUUUGAUUUAAUUAUGCAGUUCCAUCUGGUACAAUAUUUUAGUUUUUCAACUGUAAUGUUGAACUCUUCGAGUGUCAUUCUGUUUUAGACUAAGUAUUAAUUUGGCUAUUAAAGUUUUCUUGGUUAAA